UCAGCGCAAGCACGCGGCGUCGAACCCAAGAGGACGCCUCUUGCUUUCACUAUCAAUCCAAGGGGAAGAGAAAUCCAUCAACGGCGGCGAGAGCCAUGUCCUGCAGCAGCAUCCUCCUGGCCGCGGCGGUGGCAGCAGCCCUGCUGGUGGCGUCGGCAUCGGCGCAGUCCGGGUGCACGUCUGUGCUGAUCGGCCUGUACCCGUGCAUGAACUACAUCAGCGGCAGCGGCACGGCCCCGACCAAGUCCUGCUGCUCGCAGCUCACCUCCGUGGUGCAGUCCCAGCCGCAGUGCCUCUGCAGCGCGCUCGGCGGCGACUCGUCGUCGCUCGGCGGCAUGACCAUCAACAAGACGCGCGCGCUCGAGCUGCCCAAGGCGUGCAACGUGCAGACCCCGCCGGCGAGCAAGUGCAACGGUGGUGGCAGUGCUCCUGGCGCCGCCACGCCGGAGGUGCAGACACCGGCCGGUUCGGGGUCGAAGGCGACGCCGUCGGCGUACCUGCAGGAGAACGGCGGCUCGUCGCUCCAGGGCACGGUGGGCCUCGUGUUCGCGCUCGCGGCUGCUGCGGUCUACGCCGUGUAGUGAACGAGCAUCUCGGCCGAUCGACUGAAGCGGUAGCUCGCUGGGUCUGGCGACUCAGAAAUUCGUUUCCUGUGUGACACGAUUUGGUUUUCAUAUUGGUUUAGCAUUGAGCAUUGGCGAGGAGGAUUGGUCAGUGUUGUGUUCCACACCCGUACUAUAGAAUUAUUUGGUUUCUUGCUGCAGUCGAAAUAAAGAGAUACUGGUUGUUUU